UUUUGAUGACGGAAAGAAAAAGGUUAUACACAGUAAAAGAGGGAAUAGGCUGAAAAUAUAAUUAAAGAAAUUGCUGAAAGAACUAAAUAAUAAAAAUAAAUAUUGAAUAAUUAGUGAAAUAGUACAUACAUAUAGUUACUUCUGUUACACCGAAUUUUUUAAUAUAUUUUAAAUAGUAGUCUUGAUCAUAAUAGCAACGUGUCCUAGGUUAGGCCGUUAAGAAAUCAUGUAAUUGUUGGCGUAACAUGACUGAAAGGAAAAUGUGCAAAUUCUAUAAUUUGAACGUACCUGAGCGCAGAAUUGGAGACGUUGAACAACAAGACCACGGAGGCGACGAGGAAGAUGAUAGAAACCCCGAAAACCCGUUUGAGCACUACGUCCCACCACAUGAGCACAAAUUGGAGUAUAAUUACUGGAUGUGGUUUUCGCGGCGGCCGCCCACCAGAGAGCUGUCUGCGACCAUCAGCGGUUACGGAGAGGGAUUAGAGUUAGUAGGUGUUGUUGGAUCUGUUGAGCAGUGGUGGGGUCUAUACACCCAUUUAAUACGACCAUGUCAGCUGCCACCCAACUCUGACCUGCAUUUGUUUAAAGUUGGAAUCAAACCUAUGUGGGAAGAUCCCGCUAAUGUUAAUGGAGGGAAAUGGGUUGUGAAACUCAAGAAAGCAGAAACGGGCCCUGCUUGGGAGGAACUAUGCAUGGCAAUGCUCGGUGAACAGUUCCUGGUAGGUGGGGAGAUGUGUGGCAUUGUGCUAUCUGUGAGGUUCCAGGAGGACCGCAUAGCAGUGUGGCACCGGACAGCAGCGGACACGGUGAUAGCGGCGCGAGUGCGCGACACCAUGCGACGAGUGAUGCAGCUCCCGCCGACCCUGCCCAUCGUGUACAAGGCGCACAGCGACCGCAUCUUGAGGACACACUCGCUACAAGAGUCACCGACCUUCUUGCGACAGGACUCCACUAGCACUUCGCGACAGGAGCCCGCGAGCACGACGCAACCGGACUCUGCCAACACGUCGCGACAGGAAUCUGUGACCAGCCCGAGGCAAGAGUCCGCUGACAACACGACACAUGACCCCGUCCCCAGCAACGAUAGUCGCACGUAACACGCGACAAGGUCUCACUCGAUUCUACGCUGCCAAUUCCGCAAAGCUCUGUGACACUUUGAAGUUAAUGUAAAAACACCACACUCCAGUUAUUAACAAGCUAUCUUUAACCACUACCACAUGAUAGGUGCGACAACUAUUGUCAGUUAAAGCACCAAUGUUUUUCAAUGAUUUUACUAAUACGAUGUUUUUAUUUAAACUUAUCACUAUUAUUUGAGAAUAAUUCAUUUAAUAGGUAUCACAGUACAACUUUGUAACAAUGAAAAUACUACAAUAAGUUUAUAACCGACACAGCUCCAUUAUCAUGUCAAUAUUUGUCUACAAAUAUACCAGGAUUCUAACUUGGAAAAGUAUUCCUGUUUCCUGCAUUUUUAUAGAAAAUAAUUUUCAAUUCAAUUUGUCAUGUCAAUCAGCAUAUUGUCACUUUUCCGACACUACUUGUUGCAUUUAAUUCUGUUAUAUUAUUUUGAUGGUUAUCAUUGUAUGAGUUUGAAAUGAAAGUCAUCAACAAAAUUGAAUUGUUACCCACCUUAUUGUGAUUUUCCUACAAUGAUAAUUAACAAGUUGGUCGAAUUUCGCUUGAACAUACAUUUCCUGAGUACCUGUUAUCAGUUUAUUAGAUACUGUCCAUACCAUACCAUACCAAUUGUCACACAAUAAUUUUUAUGCAAAUAUAAACUGUUUUUAUGACUGAAUCAAUUUUGUGGAUAGUACUUUGAAAAAAACUACUCCAAAUGACAUUGUAGUAAUAUUAUUAUGUGUUGGAUAAGUAUAGAACAUCAUAUGUCUGUCACUUUCAUAUGUAAUUUUGCUGUGCGAGUGCAGGCUGUCGUGUCACUACACAACACUAACUAAUUUUUACUUUGUGCAUCCAAUAUGUUGUGACUCACUAUUCAUUUAUUCUGUGAUAUAUAAACAUACACGCUUUGUCUGUUUUUUCAAUAUUUGAUUUUCAUAUUAUGUGUUUUUAUGAAUGAUGUUGUGUAAUCUUGAUGUGAUAUUGACAUAAAUUUGUCGCAGGUUCAAUAUAAUCUGUAAUAGAAACAUUGUUAGGAGUGUUGAGGUAAUAUGUACUAGCUACUAGAGAACACAUCUCACCUUGAUAGUUUGUAGCACAAGCUAUGGACAUUUAAAAUAUACCUUCAUGUGUACUCCGAUACCGUUUUAAAUCUCUCAAGACACAAGUAAAAGACAUUGAGUUUAGGUUCAACAAGUUAUUAUCAUUAAAACAGACAAUGUUAUUUAUUCUGUCAAUUUAACUCAUAUUGUUGUGUCAUCAUGUAUAUAUGUACUCUAUAGCUACAUAGUAUAGUGUUUAUUAAUAUGAUGUAUAUAUCUUUAUAUACAAAUAUCUAAUAUUAAGUAAAAACAUGAGAUUAGAGAGAGAAGAGAGAGAUAUGGAUUAUUAUUACACACAACAUUUUAUAUUUUGAAACAGUAUAGAACCAUUUUUGACAAAACUUAUACAGUUUCCUUAUAAGUAACAUAUCUAAUCUAAAUUUCAUAUACUUACAUAUGUAGACAGACAAAUGAAUAUACAUAAGACAUAUAUCUGAAUAAUAUUCAUUCAAUAUUCAAAGAGUUUUGAAUUCGAAAAAUAAUUUAUCCAGUCCCUGUGUAAACAUUAGUCUUGUCUGAUUAAUCUUAUAUAUAAAAUUCUCGUGUCACAAUGUUCGUUCCCGUACUCCUCCGAAACGGCUUGACCGAUUCUCAUGAAAUUUUGUGAGCAUAUUGAGUAGGUCUGAGAAUCGGCCAACAUCUAUUUUUCAUACCCCUAAGUAAUAAGGGUUGUUCUCCCUUAAUUUUUUUUUUUAAUUUUUGGACGAAAUUUUUUGUUUUUAAAUGUGGCAUUAAAAAAACAUACAACUUCAAAUUUUCACCCAUCUACGAUCAACAGUUACUUUUGUAUCGCGAUUUUAAUAUCGGCAAUACAACGUUUGCUGGGUCAGCUAGUUAUUAUGUAUAAAAAUCUGUUAAGAGUAUAUUAUAAUGUUCUGUUGGUCGCCUGUUUGGCCAGUUUCAAGUUUCCUUAUUAUAUGAUUGGAAUAACUUCUCCAGUAUGUAUUACCUCAAUGGUUACGAGUAGGUACCUAUAUUAUUAUUUAAUAUGUAGGUAGUUAUUAUAAAUAAAAUUAAGGAAAUCAUGAGGCAUAUAUAAUUGGCACCAUUGUAUGCAAUUUACACGUUUUUUUAAAUUGUAUCUAAAUGCCAAUAAUAUUCAUCAAAGUUCUGCAGAGAAAUGGAAUUAUUAAAUUAUACAUAUAAUAUGCUAUGUAUUGGGAGGACACAACAUUCACAUGUUACUGUAUAUUAUCUUACAUUUUUGUAUUAUUGCUGGCAGAUUAAUAUUAUGGUUUCUGUUAAGUCUUCCUUUGUGUGGUGUAAGGUGGAGUGAGACUAGCCGUGUCGGUGUCUCUGUGUUCAGAUAUAUCUUUGUGAGACUCGCCAUAGACAACUCACAAAUUCUUCAUAGAAACUGCUAUACAGUUAAUAAAGAUUUUCAUACUUUUAA